GGAAGGCGGCCGUUGAGCCGCUUGACCCUUUUUUGUCCUUGUCCUGACCCUCCCCUUGCCGUAAUGUAAUUUCCAUCGUCACCGCCCCGAUUCUCGCGGCUUGCUCACGCACCUUGGUUCCUGCAACUCGUGAUUGAAGUUCAUUCCCCAACGUCCAUAUCGCCGUUUUUCCGCACAUUCUGCCCGACGAUUCUACUUUGCUGCCGAAUUGCCAAGGGUUCGAAUUGAAGCACGCCCGCCCCAUCCGCCAAAACCACCACCACUCCAGCCAGCCACGAUGAACGUCCUCGACAGGUUCGGCAAGUGGGUGCAGCUCAAGGCGUACCAGGUCGAGGUCACAUACUCGGUCUACAUGUUUACGCCCGCCGAGAAGUUUAUAUUCUGGUCCAUCGUCUUCCUCGUCCACGCCCUGACCAUCAUCGCCACCAUCCUCUACAUGCCGCACCACAUCGCCUUCCUGGCCAACCGCGCCUGGUUCUACAUCAACGGCGACAGCGUCGACGUCGUCGGGCUCGCAAAGGACGCCGUCCACACCCUCGUCGCCACAAACGCCGCAGCAGCGGCCGCCACGUCGUCGUCCUCCAUCUCGACGGCCGCCCGGGCCGCCGCCACGAUGGUCAGGGAGCUAUAGGCGGCCGGUGCGUCGCCGCCUCGGGGCUGGUUGAGUGACGCCCCGAGAAAACAAAAUUCAUACUACGAAAUUCUCCCUUGCUCCAUGGAGAAGGACCAUCCAGCCAUAUCAUCAGGUUCACUGGCUGGCUUUAUAUCAAAUGUUGCUUUUAAUCCCGUCUCUCGUUGCACCGAGUGCAAGAGACACACUACCCCCGGGCUCGGCGCGGUGGAGAGAAGCGUUGGGCGUUGUGAUGCCAAGGUUGGCCGGCGUGCCAUGCUCGUAAUUUCUGGUUGGGGCAUAGAAUGGCGGCAGGUGGUGGGAACGCUUCCUGGAUAAAGCCCAUGAUGAAAUAGGGGCAGUAUAUACAUAUGCUAAUAGAAGUAAUACCCUGGGGGCGCAACCUUUGCGCUCCCCAAAUCGCAAUCAACCUAUCCUUUUUUGCCUUGGUA